AUGUCGACGCCUUGGACGCCAAGCAAGCGCAAAGCUACCGAUGUGAAGGUGGUGGAGGAUGUGGAGUGCAAGCAGAGCGAGACGAACGAGGUCGCGUCGACGCCAUGUCGGACAAAGCGCAACAACAACAACAGCGCUGCUAAAAGUCCGCCCAGCAGCAAAAGUCCCAAAAAGCCCAGAGUGGAAGGAGGCGUGGGUGCGGGAAGCGGUGUGGCUUGGUCCAGAGAGGAGGAUGAGUUGUGGAUCAGGGAUAUGCUGGAGCAAUACAAACCUAAUUUUGGGUGAGCGAGGGUGCUGGAGAUGAGAGGCAAGUGGGAAUUUAAUCCGCGUUCGGGCGGACCGGGGCUAUGCAGUCGUCACAGCACAAAGGCGAAUGACCAGACGAGGCAGCUGACGUGUCGUGAGGCACUUUCACCUCCCUCCCGAUUCGCAGCGCUCUAUCUAGCAAGCUGGGUGAGUAA